CCCCAGAGACCUCAAAACUGAAGAUUCUGUGGGUCUGCACCAUUGGUGGGCACAGCAGAGCCUGGAUGGAGGCUCAUCUUUGGCAGCUGCCCCAAAGGCUGCUCCUGCUAGGGGCAGCUGCCCUGACUGUGUCUGCUCUGGAGACAGCCGACCUGGUGGCCCUGUGCGGGCAGACGUGGCAGGGGGACGGGCUGCUGCUGCGCUUGCAUUCUGCGUCCCGCAGAUUCUACUUUGUGGUUCCGGACACCGAUUGCGGGCUCUGGCUAGAGGCGGCGGCCCCUGGCGACAGGAUCCGCUUCCAGUUCCGCUUCUUCCUGGUCUACAGCCUGACCCCAGCGUCCCCGCCGCCACCGGCACCCAGCCCUUCGGCCGACCCGUGCGCCCCCGGCUCUUUCCUGCAGUUCUACGAGGGCCCGCCGGGGGCGCCCCGGGCCCUGGGAGCCCCUGUUUGUGGCCUGACCAUUCCCAUCCCCGUGGUGUCCUCUGGACCUUUCCUAGGACUGCGCCUGGUCACUAGAGGUCGCCAGCCUCGCGUGGACUUCGUGGGUGAGGUCACCUCUUUCCGGUUAGGACCUUGUGGUGCCUACUUCCACUGUGGGAAUGGCAGGUGCAUCCCUCCAAGCCUGGUGUGUGAUCGCUGGGGCAUGGACAACUGUGGCGAUGGCAGUGACCAGAGCUCCUGGCCACCAGCUGACUGCGGAGGUCCCUCUCUGGUGGCCAGCCAGACUGCAAGUAUGGAUGCCGACACCUCCAAGGCCCUGACUCUCUCCCCACCUUUUGGGUCUGCAGACCCCCUCUGGAUUGCAGUACAACCAGCAGGCAGGGAUCCAGCACAACAGAAUGUAACUUCAGAAGGCAGGCCCCCAUCUCCGGGAGGUGGCACUGGCUUCCUCGCUGCUCCUGGCCUCUACUUGCUUCCUUGUGUGCUUGCUCUGGUGCUGCUGUCGCCCUGGAUGGUUGGACUGGCAACGGCAACCAGGUCCCUAUGA